UGACCAGACGGCCGCAUUGCUAUUCUACGGGAAGCGCUCAAUAUCAGCGCCUCACCUUCGAGAAGCAGUGACGCUACCUACCUGAAAGCAAUUGACUCAGAAACGCGGAAGUGAAGUCAUCUUAGUUUUAGCUCAGUACAGAAGUUUUUUAUAUUUUAUUUUUAGUAUAAUUACAGCUCCCUGUCUGAAGUAGGGGUAAACGUUUCGUGAGUAAUGAAGAAAACGGUGCUCCAACGACAGAAGAUGUGAAUGGGGAAUUUCAAUAUUCGCUCAAUUUGGAUUACGAUUGUAUUGCGACAUGUACUUCAAGGAUCAAGAGCAGGAUGGUAUUGAGCUGCAGGAGAGAAACAGGGAUGGCUUUGACAAUACCAUGGAGGCAUUACUCCCAACUCUGCACCAGCAGAGGACAUAUGAUUAUGUUUUAGUUGCUGACAAAGUUGAGGAGCAGGAAAACCCAACAUUUCUGAAGCAGAUCGCUUUUAUUGACCACCUGAGGAAGAAAAACAUGAAAGUGACAAAAAUCCUUCAUGAUGACAAGGUGUUUUAUGGUGUCCGGGCCCCGAAGGAGACCUUUGACAAGUACAGGUACCUACUAAAAGUGUCUGAUGCUUGCAACUGGAGCGGCGACCGGAAGAGUGUCAGGAUCCCUCACUCAACCAGGAUCAGAGUAGUGCAUUACAUCCUACACCACACCCAUAUCAACACAGGAGAGAACCUCAGAGAGCUCCAGGAGAAGGGUGUCUUUGAGGCCACGUUCUGCUUGCAUGAGAGGAGCAAGCAAAAGAUGUUGAAACAAAAGUGGGCACGAUGGUCUGCUCUCUUUACCGCCCAGCCUGUCGAUGAUGUCAGGAGUUACUUUGGAGAGAAGGUGGCUCUGUAUUACCUGUGGUUGGGCUGGUACACCAUCCUGCUGGUCCCUGCAGCCCUUUUGGGUGUGAUUGUGUUCCUGUAUGCACUGGCUUUCUUCAACACCAGCCCCCUCAUAAAGGAGGUCUGUGAGUCUGACACCGUUAUGUGCCCGAGGUGUGACAAAUGGUGUCAAGUAUGGCAGCUGCGUGACACCUGUACCUACGCCAAGAUGAGUCAUCUGUUUGACAAUGAGGGGACGGUGGCCUUUGCUAUGUUCAUGGCAGUCUGGGCUACCAUUUUUCUGGAGCUGUGGAAGAGACACAAAGCAACGUUUGUGUCCAAAUGGAAAGUCUUUGACUGGUGUGAGGAAGAGGAGGAGCUCAUCCUGGGAGUAGUGAAUGAUCCAGACUGCCAUCCCAAAGAGUUCCGCCAUUCUUAUCUGCGCAGCACUCUAGUCCUUGUCCUGGUCACUCUCAUGUUGGUUCUGAUCAUCGGGCUGACCCAGGCUCUGGUGGUGUUCCGUGUGGUUGCUACUGUGCUGUUGUCAGAGGGAACAUGGGAGUUUGUAAGGGACCAUGCCAACACUGUAGCAGUAAUGCUGGGUGCUGUACUACACUACAUCACCAUGCAAGUUAUGACCAGAAUCAACAAGGCGGUGGCCUUCAAGCUGUGUGAGAUAGAGAAGACACAGUCAUUUGCGGCCACUGAGAGGAGCUUCACUGUCAAGAUGUUUACCUUCCAGUUCUUCACCCUCUUCUCCUCACUCAUAUAUGUGGCAUUUUUCCUGGGCAGGAUAAACGGUCGCCCAGGUAGCUAUGUUCGUAUUUCUGGUAAAUGGAGAUUGGAGGAGUGUCAUCCCAGUGGCUGCCUCACUGACCUCUUCAUUCAAAUGGCCAUCAUCAUGUUGCUCAAACAGACACUGAAUAACAUCUUUGAGUUUACUGUGCCCUGGUUAAAGAGUUACUUCAGAAGGACUACAACUGAGAAGCUGGAGAGGAAGUGUGGCCACUGCUACAAAAAGGCAUGUCACGAAGAGGAGAAGAGGGGCCAUGACCCAUGUGAUAUCUGCAAGCUGCGGGAUUGGCUGCGCAACUACGAUCUGAAUGACGUCAACUCUUUCAGUCUCUUCAAUGAGUUUCUGGAAAUGGUUGUUCAGUACAGUUUCACCACCAUCUUUGUGGCGGCCUUCCCUCUGGCCCCUCUACUGGCUCUCAUCAACAACAUCUUUGAGAUCCGUCUGGAUGCCAUCAAGAUGGUCAGCUUGGAACGUAGAUUAGUCCCCAAGAAAACCAAUGAUAUUGGUAUAUGGACCAAGGUUCUGGAAGCUAUUGGUGUUCUGGCUGUCAUUGCCAAUGGGCUAGUCAUUGGGGUGUCCUCAGACUUCAUCCCUCGGCUGGUCUACCGCUACCACUACGGACCCUGUGCCAACGGGGAAGCUGAUGUACACUGUAUGAAGGGCUAUAUCAACGACACCCUAUCCACUGCUCAUAUAACAGACCUGAACGUGCGUAAGGACUUUUCCCCCAGUCAACUGAUCACAGAGAGCGGCUUCAAUGUUACACAAUGCAGCUAUAAAGACUACAGAAGUGAUGUUGACUACAGCCUCACUUCCCAGUUCUGGCUCAUCAUGGCUGUACGCUUUGCCUUCGUCGUCCUAUUUGAGCAUGUAGUGGUCAUCUUUAAAUUCAUUGCUGCCUGGUUCGUGCCUGACUCCCCCAUGUUGGUGAAGAACCACAGACUGAAGGAUAAACUCAGGAGACUCAAAGAGGAACUACAGGAUAUGAAGUACAGCCAGUCCACAGAUGUGUGAUGACCGCGACGGAGGGACAUCCUGAGACAUGACCAGCAUGACACAUGACUUUGAAGACUUGAAAAAAGACUAAUUAAAAGUGAUGCUCUCUGCACUGACCUGAGAUCAGCAUCUUACAGUAUAGCUAGUGCCUGGUCGUUAUGAGAGGUAGGACAGCCCCAUCUCCCAACACCUCUGAGUUUUCCCCACACGGUCAACACGCUAUUUAUAUCGGUGUGAUUAAUGGUCACUCGUGGCGCAUGCAAACGUAUCUUGAUAGCCGAUCGGGGCGACGAGGUUCUACGGGGAUCAGACUGCUCCAAACUCUAUUUCACAUAUAAGCAAAGGUACCCCAAUAUAAAUGAACCAAUAGACUGACAGACUGACCCCAGAUGCCAAACCACCACUGUGGUUCAUAAGAAGAGGUCUAUAACAUUGUAUUUUCUUGAAUGACGGAUGACCCAUACAGUCUACCUAGUAGUAGCCUCUGCUGAGUCCCCAACAACCAGAUGUUCCGGUUUUCAGGGGAAAUGGAAAGAAUGGAAAGAGAGCCUGUGACACGACUUCCGCUUUUGGACAUUAUCA